AUGGCCUGUCCGAUGGGGUUUUCAUCGCCGCCGCCGCCACCGAGCGCGGCCCGCGACCACGACUCGUCGCCCACAGGGAAAUCGUCGAGUUCCAGUCAUUCUCCUACAUCUCCUGAGCCAUCUCCUCAUCGAUCGGGGUCGACGACGUCCUGUACGGCGUUGGGAGAAGAAAAUGAAUGUAACGGAGCAGGAGCAAAGAGAAAGCUUGAUUUGAAGGGUUUGUGCCAAGGUCUGGCCUCCAUAGUCUUCCCAUCGGUUGGUAUCGUAUCUCUCACCUUCCGUCGUGUCUUCUCAACUUUUGGUCAAGAUGACAUCAUCGAUGAUUUUUUGGAUAAUGAGGGACUGGAUAGUAAGUUUUCAACCGAAUCAUUAGCAAACUACUACGACUCCAGACCGAACUCAUGUCUAGAAGAUCUCUUAAUUCAUGUCACUACCAAAGGUGCCAAGAUUUUAGGUUUAGAGUACACAGUAUUUAUGGAGCGGUUCGGAGAGGAGUUUUUCUGUCUGUGUUUCGAGCAAUAUGGCACAUUUCUACAAGCUUUAGGCGGGUCCCUAGUCGAAUUCUAUAGCAACAUUGAUGGCCUUCAGCAGCAUAUCGCUUCGUUGAAACUCACCAAUAAUCACAGGCCACCAUCAUUUCGCUGCUCCACGAGGGACGACGAACGACACAUUCUACUUCACAUGUACACGGAGAGCACGUGCAUCUCGCAAAGCAUGGCGGGACAGAUCAAAAUGGCGUCCAUUCUUUUGUUCAAUUCUUUUGUCGAUGUCCAAAUGGGUGAACGUGUGGGGAACCAUUCAGUGUACAUAAUCCAACCUCUCCUAGACGAAGUGCAUCCAUCAUGUGACAAGAACAGACUUGGACAUCCUAUCCAGUCAAUUUCUACCUUGUCGACCAGGAGAAAAGAUGCCAAACUUUCGGUGAACACAUUUAGCUCAGCCUUUCCUUUCCAUGUCAUGUUCAAUAGGCAGUUGCUGAUCAAGCAGCUUGGUGAUACGAUUGUGAGGAUGAUGGCCCAAGCAUUGGCCGCGGAUGGGCUCAAUUUUAACUCUUACUUCAAGGUGCUGUCUCCGCCAAUGGAACGGGUCACAUUUGAGAAUAUUCUAGCAAACAUUAAUUUGUGUUAUGUAAUCGCUACCACCUGUGUUCUGUCCGGACUGUCAAGCACAGAAAGCAAGUAUUCGUCGAUAGAGGUUACCGGUCAGAUGAUCUAUGUCCCAGAAAGCGACUGCAUUCUGUUCCUCGGUUCCCCCAGGGUUGGUAAGCUGGAGGAGCUGACAGGGCGAGGUCUUUACCUAGCUGAUAUCCCUAUCCAUGAUGCCACCAGGGAUCUCAUCCUGGUAGGCGAGGAAAGCAGGGCUCAGGACGGUCUCAAGAAACGGAUGGACAAGCUGAAGUCACAGGUGGAGGAGGCAAGCGGCAACCUGGACUCAGAGAGGCAGAAGAACGUCGAUCUCCUGAACCUGAUCUUCCCCGAGGCUGUUGCCAAGAAGCUUUGGAGGGGUGAACCCGUCCCUGCUCAGACCAUCGAAGGGGUGUCCAUGUUGUUCUCCGAUAUUGUUGGCUUCACUGCUAUCUGCUCAACUGCGACACCCUUCAUGGUUGUCAACAUGCUUAACUCUCUGUACACCGAGUUUGAUUCUUUCUGUGGGAUCUUAGAUGUCUAUAAGGUGGAAACGAUUGGUGACGCGUACUGCGUAGCUUCGGGUCUUCACAAAUCUUCCAAUACGCAUGCGCAAUUAGCAGCUAAGAUGGCGAUCAAAAUGAUGGAGGCUGCCGCCGCCGUCAAGUCACAUCAAGGCAACGCACUGAGGAUGCGUAUAGGCCUGCACACGGGGGAAAUUGUGGCGGGAAUCGUCGGUCAGAAAAUGCCCAGGUAUUGCCUGUUUGGUAACAACGUCACCCUAGCUAACAAAAUGGAGUCACACAGCGAAGCACUCAAAAUCAACGUUAGCCCAACCACCCACGUUCUUCUCGCUGAAACCGGAGUUUAUCAUUUCGAGGAACGAGCCCGAGACACACUUCCCGCCGCCUUCCCUGCUAACAUCCCCGGCAACCCUUACUUUCUCUAUGGCUACGACACCAACCCCGAUGACCCCGUGGACGUAGAACUCUUCGGAGACAAGAAGCACGUCGAGAUACCUACGUAAUAAAGAAGAAAUCUGCGCAAUCCCUUCUCCUUUUCGCGAUUUGAUAUCAUCAGGACGAGGUAGAUCCUGGGUUCCGUAACACAAAGGUUAGCCAUCAAUCGCCAAAUGACAUUGGCCAAUCAAGGUUGGCCAUGCAUGCGUAUUUUAUUCAAAACGCUGACCAGGUACCAAUCAGAAGUAUUCUUUCAUACCUGUUAUAAAUCGCCAACCUUUUUCGUUACGGACCCUAAUCAACUGCGAGGUUUUAAUCUGACAUUUCUUUCUUAUUGCAUGCAUUCGAAUUAGACGACUGCAGGUGCGCUCCCGAACUUUCUCAAGUUGUGUCCUAUUGUUUUAGAUUCAGGCCUAUGUAGCACACACAAACACAAUGGCUGAUUUGAUACUCCGUUGGGUGGUGGGCCGACCUCAUGUGGCGUUAAAGCUACUAAGAAUUAUACGAUUGAUCGUAUAGGAUCCUUUGGCAAACCAUGCACAAAGAUUGAUUGCAAUAGAAAUGAUGUCUUCUUAUGCUACAUAGGCCUACAUGUCCAACAGAUGCAGGGGGAACCGUGACACGACUUUUGCUUCUUUGACAUUUGCUCCGGGCUUGAUAUCUCAGACGGCAUAAGGAAUAUUGUAAGGAUAAGGUUUUAUUUAGUUUUGGGGGCUAGAUUUUUUGUUGGCUUAACGUGCAGAAUUUCCAUCGGAGCCGUCGUCGCCGGAGUAAAUGUCAUGGAACAGGAGAAACAUCCCCUACCCUCCAACCCCACACUUGACCCAUUGGUCUCCACAAACCGUACCAUGUGGUAUGUCAUGUCCCGUUCUUGUGCCCCCUUUUUUAUUGGGGGAGGGGUCGUUCUAAAAUCUUGGAUCCGCCACCUGAACAUAUAUGACAAAAGCUGUAAAAGUUGUAACCACGACGACAAACCUCAUUGAAACUUAUCUAAAUUCCAUACUGCUCCCAAGACUUCAAAAGUUCAUUUUGAAUUUGACUUGAUGAUUAAGAUUGACAUCGUCUUAUAAAAAGUGAAAAACAAGUAGCAUAAAAUAUGUGGGCUUCUCCAUUAAUAUGGCGUUAAAAAAAUGUACACCUUCGACAUCAUUACAUUUUGUUGAUUGUUGAUAUGAAAUCAAAUAAAAUUAUAUUGAGUGAAUGGGUUGUCAGAUUAAAAUUUGGUUAUGGUGGUUAAUGUAAAAUAGACUAGAAUGUGUUCUUAUUGAUGAUGAAAUCUUGAUGAUGAUGAAGGGAACGUAGUUUGUUUUGUCUCCCACCAAUUAUUUGAACCUAAUAUUUUCCCACUGAUUAAAAACAUGAUAGAGUUUAUACAUGAGAGAUUCUUUUUCAGAUGAGUGUGUUUAUGACGUGAUCUUCAUGACGCAAUGAAAAGAAUAUUUUGAUUUUAGAAUUUCGAAAGACGGAAUGUAUUUCUCUUUAGAAUUUGUGUGAGUUAUACGAUGAGAGGGCUUGUAAAUCAAUAUGUAAAACAUGGAUAAGACCGUCCAGUCACAUUCGCUCAUUCAAUGCAUACAUGUCUAUUGGCGACGCGACCUCAUUGAGCCCCUAAGUGGCAGGUGAUGUGGGCGGAGCCAGGCCUAGCCAAUCUCGGAUUCUUAUCUCAUGCGCAUGCUCGGUAAUUCAAACUCAGAUUGCGUCAUCGGCAGAAGUCUGAGAGACUCAUAGAGUAUACAUGUAUAUCUCUAUGGAGAGACUAUGUUAUCAAUUUUAAGAACUCAUUACUCUGCGGACGAUGUAUUUCUCUUGAGGGGUCUGAAAGUGUUGAGUAUUAUAAAUGCAAUAAAAGUGUUUUAGGACUUGUGUGUAUGCAUUUCAUAAAGAGAUCUGAUGAGUAACAUUUACCAUGUGUUCAAUCUGUAAUGUGAUCAUCACUGUUGUAUGCUGAAUGAUCUUUUUUUGUUCAUGAUGAAAAAAUAAAAUGUUUAAACGGAUCAAUAAUAAUGAGAGAAACUGUUUUACGGGAAAUAAUUUUUCUGUUUCUACGUGUGUAGCUCUCAUACCAUACUGGCAUAUCAUUAGUAACAGCAGGAGGGCAUACAGUUACGGGUAUUUUGGAACCUGGCGAGUGUUUUAUAAAGCUGUUUGCAAGUUACGAGUGACUGUGCUCACGACUGGUGACCCUUUCUCGUGGUAAAUCAUAUAUCCCUUUGGAGCUGACUUAGCACCUAAGAACAUGUUCCAGUCGUGCGUAAAUAUUACGAACAGCUUUAUAAAGGCGACCGCACACCU